AUGUUGACAAAUAAUAGUACUGAUUCCAUUCUCGAAAGCAUUUUAAAAGAAAUAUUGUCAGAAAUGUUGUAAUUACUUGAAUAGAAUAUAAGAUCGUAAGAGGAGUUGCAAAUCAUAUAAGAUCAUCUGCAAGAUUAUGAGAAUUUGCAACAGUUAGCAGAAACUAUGAAAUUUAUCAUCAAUCUGCUUAGAAAAAAGCUCAAAGGAACUAAUAAUUAAGAGAAAUAUUUCAAAUGCGAAUCAAAAUCAGAGAACUAUCAAAAAUUAGAAUAGGCUAUUCAAAAAUAAGAAUAGGACAUAAGAAUUCACAUUAGGGCUUAACAUGAGAUGAAGAUAUACAUUGAUACAAUGUAAUAAUAAUUAGAGGAAUCAGAAUAAAUUAGAAAAGAAUAUCUUCAAGAAACAACUAAAUUAAUUCAAAAACUUAAAAAAGAAAAUCAUAAUCUGAUUCAACAAUUGAAACAUUAUACACAAUCCUAAAAAUAAUAAACUGCAUAAAAUUCUAGGAGAGAUAGCACAUAAACAAUAAAUGUUAUUUUCUAAAAAUAACCAUCUAAAUCAAAUCAUUUAGGAAAUAAUUAAGAGAAAUAAGAACCAUGGAAUAAUAGCUAAAUAAUUAAAUGGCAAUUAACUUAAAAUAAUAGUUAAAUUCAAUUAUUAAAAAAUAAGGAUUCUUAGAGAUCAUUGACUUAGAGAUACAUAAAAGCAAAAAAUAAGAGUUAUUCUAUAGGAAUAAGCAAAUAGAACUCCAUUAAUGGCAGUUUUAUUUAGAAACUGAUGAUUAGAAUAGGGAUCGAAAAGAAAGAGUUUACAUGCAGAAAGUCAUCGAUCCAAAGGAUCCAAAGGUUUCACAGAUCAACAGAAAUUAUCAUAAAAAUGAAAUGUUAUUCAUAAAUUUUAUUAUUUUUAAUGGAAUAAAUAAUUUAGAAUGAUAAUUUAGUGAUGUUAUAGUAAAAAAUAUUAAGCUAUCCAAAAACAAAUGAGGAUCUUAAAACUAUGGCAUCAAUAAUAAAAGUAACAUAAAUUUUCAACAAAUUAAAUGAGCUUUAUCAUCAACAACUAUCACAAGAAGGAUAAAUAAAACUCUGUAAUUAUUUAGAACUUAAAAGUUAUGAACUUGGUUAAUAAGUGUAAACAAGUCAAAACUUCGCCGUAUAGCUUAUUCUAAAAGGAUAAGUCGAAGUUUAUUUUUUGGAAGAGGGAUACUUCUAUAAUCACGAAAAAUACCUCUAAACUUUAGAUCCUUUAUUUUACAUAGAAGAGGACUUUAUCUUUGACAAAAUAAAAUAUCAGCAAAAUCAACUUAUUUAUAAAGCAUCCUUUAAUAAUUCAGUGUUGUUGAUGAUAAAUAAAAGAGAAUGCGAUGAAAUCUAUAAAUAUUAUGGGGAGAUAUUUUUGUAUAAGCAUAGAACUUUAUGCAAAAUAAUACCAGGUUUGGGAGAAUUGAAUUCUAAAAGAAUAUUAGAGUCUCUUGCUAAUCAAUUUGAGAAUAUAAUCCUACCAAAUUGCACUUAAAUUACGGAGGAAAAUCAAAUAGGAGAAUACCUGUUCUUUUUAGCAUAAGGUCAUGUGUCUUUUCAAAAAAAUAAAGAACAUAUAUUUGAUAUGGAAGAGAGUGGGAUAAUUGGAGAUGAAUUAUUAGUCGAUCCCGAUCAAGAUUAAAAUAGUUUAUAAACUUAUUACUAUACUGUAAUUGCCAAAUCAGCAUAAGUUUUACUAUAUAAAAUCAAACUUAAGAUCUUUUCACGCCUAUUUCCAAAUGCAAUUAUAAGACAAAUUAUUACUUAACAUAAGUUGAUAAGAUUACUUGUUGGAAGCAAACCAAUUGAGAAAUAAAAAUGUAAUACCUCACCAACCAAUGAAAUUAAAAAAUCUAAAUCAACAUUGAUUUUUACAAAAGACACAAUAAAGGCUUAUGAUAAAGUGGACAUAGUAUUUUAGUAAUAUUAAGUACCUAAACACAGUCGAGUAUUAAAAUUCAAUAAUAAUUUGAUGGAUAAGUUCCAUAAAAAGUUAAAAAAUACAGGAAAAAAAAUUACAAUAAAUGAGUUUGUUUAGUAAACAAAAUAAAGUGAUGAACCUUAAAUGAAAUUAUUAGAAAAAGUUGAGAAUCCAUAUAAUUUUGCCUCAAAUGUAAACACAGAGGGUUUUCUAAAGAAAUAUUAUUCAAAUCUCAUAAGAAUUGGAUUAGUAAAGCCUCCUUUGAGAGUAGCUCCUUAAAAUUAUGAAGCUAUUCAAAGAUCAAGAGUAAUUUCAGCUAUGAAAUUAAUUGAGCACACUCAUAAUUAAUUAAAACCCAAGAGAGCGACAAGUGCUGCUUUCGGAAAAGCCGAUCCAUUACUUUCAAUAAAUGCUUUAGUGUCUACAAAGGAGAGUGAAAUUAAUGUUAGCACUCAGAAACUAAUUGAGAAAAAUAAAACAAUGACUACAGUUUACCCUACUCCAAGAACGUAGUCAUAACCUUAAUUGGGUUAUCAUACUAAUGUAACUCCUAGAUAUUCAUCUGUAAUGGAAACACCUAAAUGUGACACUCCUUAAUCAAGAUCAACAAUGGCAAAAUCAUCAUAGCAGGUUUUUAGACCAUAUUCUGGAUUUAUGGAUCAUACUUCACGUUUGUCUUAAUAAUCAGAAAUCAAUAAAAGAUUAAAGAGGCCCAAUCAACAUUUUUUUUGA